UUACUACAAUUAUUUCAUCUCAGAAAAAUUUUGUAAAGAAACUGCGACAUUAAUUUUAAUUCAGUUUCGAUUUAUUGCGUAUUUUGUUACACAUGUUCUUCGAUAAAUAAAUACGUCACACAAUAAUAAAAACGGUCGCCGGUACGAUUACCGGAUAUUCUUAGAAGUUCUUUGUUCGAUCGAAAAGUAAACAGAAAACUGAUGAGGUACAGUGAAGUGACUCAAGAUUCAACUAAGGGUUAAAAUAUUUGUAGUGAUCUUUGGUUUAAAAAACAAAUCGAAAUUUUUUAGUAAAGAAAAUGGAUCCCUUAGACCUUUUUAAUCCCACUAAGAAAAUGGGAAAAAUUAAUUUAUAUCGUGGUGCAAGGAAGGAAUUAUCUGUUGAUAGCUUGAGUCGUUCAAUAAGUAUAGCUUCCUUAGCUGAUACAUAUGCAACAGGAACCGAUUAUGCAGAAGAAUAUAUUAAAAAAGCUGAUCGAGAACUUUUUGAAGCAUCUAAAUAUUUAAGAGGUACCAAUCAUAAACUUGAUAAUGUAUCUUUGGCUACUGAUGCUCAAGCACCUCAAUCAUUCAUGGAAGAAGAACAGGAAAAAAUUUAUAGAACUUACAACAAAGUGUAUCAACCAAAUUCAAAUUUGACUAUUAAAACAGUUCAUUCUGAUAUCAUUGACAGCAUUACAACAGAACCAGUUACAAUUAUUCAAGGACCAACAGGAUGUGGAAAAACAACUCAAGUUCCACAAAUUAUUUGGGAUUACUAUCACAAGAAAAAACUUUUCUGCAAUAUAAUAGUUACCCAACCAAGAAGAAUUGCAGCUAUUAGUAUUGCUGGUCGAGUUGCUACUGAACUAAAAUGUCCACUCGGUUCACUUGUAGGAUACAAAGUAGGACUUUCAUCUCGCACCUCUUCCGAUACACGAAUUACUUAUUGUACAACAGGUGUAUUGUUACAAAAAUUGAUAUUAGCAAAAAAUUUAAAUGAAUUUUCUCAUAUCAUAAUUGAUGAAAUUCAUGAACGUGAUCAAGAUAUGGAUUUUUUGCUUCUCGUGUUAAGAAAAUUACUCUACCUGAACUCACAUAAUGUAAAAAUAAUAUUGAUGUCAGCAACGUUUCAAGUCGAUAAAUUUGCUAAAUAUUUUGCUUCGUAUGUAGGACAAUCUUUAACACCAGCUCGAGUUAUUGAUGUUACUAAAAGAAAUUUUUACAAUGUAAACGAAUAUUAUCUCUGUGAGCUGUUAACUCUUGGUAAAUUACCAUCUGUAGAACCCAAAGAACCAAAUAUUUCGUCAGAAAUGAUUGAUUUUGCUCGUCGAUUAAUUGUUGUAAUGGAUAAUAUAGAUAUGUCAGCAGAUGAUUCUGAACAAAAUGAUGCUCGUCCAUCGAUUUUAGUUUUUUUACCCGGAAUACAUGAAAUCGAAGAGAUGCACAAUGCUCUUUCUGAUCAAAAGAAUGAACCAUUGAAGUGGGAUAUUGUAGUUCUACAUUCAUCGAUAACAAAUGACGAACAACAGCAAAUUUUUCGUCCAACUCCUGAAGGAUAUCGACGAAUUAUUCUUUCAACAAAUAUAGCAGAAAGUAGUUUAACAGUUCCUGAUGUCAAGUACGUUAUUGAUUUUUGUCUAACGAAACUACUUACCUAUGAUCCUGUAACAAAUUACCAAACCUUAGAACUUACUUGGGCGAGUAAAGCUAAUUGUCAACAAAGAGCAGGACGUACAGGUCGAGUAAUGGAUGGAAGAGUUUACCGAUUAAUACCUAAAAGUAUGUAUAGAGAUUUACCAGAAGAGAAUCCUCCAGAAAUAGUUAAAGCACCAUUAGCAAAUGUUGUACUACGUACGAAGCUUUUAGAUAUGGGUUCACCUCAAGCUUUACUUGCAUUAGCACUUGAUCCACCUGAUUUAAGUAAUCUCGAACGUACAAUUUUAACACUUAAAGAAGCUGGAGGAUUAUUACAUAACUCAGAGGAUCGUUUUGAUGGAGAAAUCACAGAUCUUGGUCGAGUAAUGGCUGCACUUCCUAUGGACAUUCAUAUAUCUAAAAUGAUUGUUUUAGGACACGUGUUCAGCGUACUGACAGAAUCAGUUAUUAUUGGGGCGAGUAUGGCUGUAAAAAAUAUGUUCAGUACUCCUUUCAAACAUAAACUCGAUGCAUAUAAUACUAAAUUGUUAUGGGCUCAAAAUAAUUUCAGUGAUGGUUUAGCAUUUUUACAUGCUUACAAUGUUUGGAAGCGUGAAAAAAGUAGUUCACGUAUUAAAAAUGAUGCUCAAGAGAAAAAUUGGGCACGUAUGAAAUGCUUACAAAUUCGAGUUCUUCGAGAAAUUGAAGCAUUAAUACAAGAAACUAAUGGACGGCUUAAUUUAUUAGGGAUUAAUGAAACUGUUGGUUCUAAUAAAAUUGUUUAUGAAGAAAAAGAAAAAUCUUUCAUCCUUAAGGUUGUUUUCGCUGGUGCUUUUUAUCCACAGUAUUUCGUGACUAAAUCUACCACUGAUGAAAUUACUAAGAUAAAAAUGCUUGGAGGAUUAGAUCCAUUGAAUACAGUCUAUCUUCAAGGAUGGCCAACACAACAACCAGGUAUAUUGUAUGCUCGUCGUUUUCAAAAGCUUUUUGACAAAUGUGCUGAUCAAGAAAAAAUUCAGGUGAAAUUUGAUAACACUUCGCGAGUGUAUAUUCAGUUUGAAAGAGAUAAUAAUGGAAAAGGACUAUCAGAUAAUCCAGGAGUGCCGUCACGAAGUGUCUAUAGAGCUUUAAAAUUGCGUAAGGUUCAAAAAAAAAUGGCUAUUCCUGUUAUGAGCGUUGACGCUGCUAUGCAAAGAGCUGAAAAAUUAAAACUUAAUACUAAAAUAUCUACUCAUCUACUAAGAAGUAUUGAAGAAAAAAUUGAAAACCUAUCAGUAAAAACUAUUGCACCAAACCUACCUGGUCUUGACGUAACUAAAAUUCCUCUUAAACUCACUUAUUAUGUUGAUCCAGGAUAUUUUUGGGCUAGAGUUGAUAAUAAAGAGACUACUGAUUAUGAAAUAAAAAUUAAAAAUUGCAUACAAUACAUGGAAUUUGAAAAAUUUGAUAAAUCACCUGAAGUCGGAGCUCUAGUGUUAGCUCCAAUGACAAUGAAUGAUAAAACGGAUUUUCAUCGUGCUGUUAUUAAAUCAAUUUCAAUUACUGAUAAAAAGAAUAUUUUAGUCCAAGUAUUUUUCGUAGACUAUGGUAUGGUUAAAGAAAUUCAACUAUGUGACUUACGUCGUCUACCUAAAAAUAAUGUAUUGACUGAAAUUCCUGCUUUAGCAUUUGAAUGCGUUUUAGCGCUUAUAAAACCAUAUGUUCAGAAUACUUCAUCUGCAGUAUGGACUCCAGAAGCAAAAAAAUUAUUCAAACAUAUUAUUGACACUGAAGCAACUGAACUUUAUGGCUAUGUAUAUUCAGUCGUAAAUUCUAUAGUACGUCUGACUUUAUUUUGUGCUACUGAGUAUGAUAAAAAAAUAAAUAUUAAUGAAUUAUUAGUUGACAAAGAAUUUGCAAUACCUAAAGAGGAAGAUUAUUUAUCAAAAUAUAAUCAUGAGUUAAGGAAAAACGUUUAUCAAUUUUCUGAAGACGAAAAAAGAUAUCAUGAAUAUAGACAAUUUUAUUCAAUUGAAUCAUAUCCAGAAGCACCUGACGAUAAUGAAUGUUCUCAUUCUGUAUUUCUAAAUGGUCCUCAUUCUCCUUUGGAAGUUCAUAUCGUGAAUCUAACAAAUACAAGUUUAGGUAGAAAAGUUACCAUUGCUGAGGAGUCAGUUAAUUCAAUAAUACUUGAAUCUAAUCUAGUAGAUCCUUCAGACACAUUAGUCGUGGCUGGAUCAGUAAGCCAAGGAGCUAUAAGCAAAAAUCUACAUUUAAGAAAUACCACUCUUAUGCCGGGUAUUCCUGGGUUGAUACCUCUUAUCGCUUUAAUUUUCGCUCCACAAAUUGAAUUACGAAGAAUUGGUUUUUUUUUUUUUUUGCUUCUUUAG